AUGAUUGGAGGUGGCACUGUUGCCAUGGUACAGCCGUUUGCUUUCAAGAGCGCCGGCAUCGGGUUGACGCUCAUCUUUAUGCUUAUUAUUCUUGUGUUCUGCGACUACACGCAAAAGCUGCUCUUCCGCUCCUCGCGGAUUGCGGGCAAGGCCGGACGGACGUACGAGGACCUGGGGCGUGUGGCGUUUGGUGAGCGUGGGGUCAAGGUGACCCAGAUUGUGGAGGUGCUCAACACGUUUGGCGUGCUCAUUGCAUACCAGGUCAUCAUUGCAGACCAGUCUGACAUUCUCAAGCGGUGGCUCUCGGACGACUUUAUCCUGCUCCGGUGGCACUCGAAGCUCUUCCUCCUGGUGGCUGUGGUGGCUGUCAUCAUGCCGGUUUCGAUGGCGCGGACGAUGAAGUUCCUAGCCAUUCCGUCAAUGCUCUCCCUGCUGGCGAUUGGGAUCACGGGCGUGGCCAUCAUUGUGCGUGGCAUCGAGCAUGCCGGCUCGGCGACCAAGAGCUCGCAGAUCCCGUCGUGCAGCGUCGAGUUUUUCAAGUUUGAGACUAAUCUGCUCCUCGCACUGCCGAUCGUGACCCUUGCCUUUACCUCGCAUAUUAACUACCUGCAUACGACGGAUGCGCUUAAGCGCCCGACGCCUGGUCGCGUUGCGCUCGUCUCGCACACCUCGAUGAUCCUCUCGGCCGUCUUCUACAUUGCGGUCGGUAUUCUUGGCUACUCGACGUUCUGCGACUCGACGCCCUCGGACAUUCUUGUCGGCUACUCGCCGAGCGACGACCUCAUCCAGGUCUCGCGGGUCCUCAUGAUCAUCUCGUUUAUGUUCUCGUACCCGCUCCUCUGCUUCCCGUGCCGCAACGCGGUGACCCAGAUCUUGUUCAAGGGCAAGCCGUUCUCGUGGCCCCGCCACAUCAGCAUCACCCUCAUCAUUGUUGUCCUCACUUACCUGGUCGCCAUCUCGGUCCCAAACCUCGGCGUUGUUGUCGGCUUUAUCGGCUCCAUCACUGCCACCGCCCUCUCGCUCACGCUUCCGACCGCGUACUACCUUAAGAUCGCCGACGGCCCGAUUACGUCGGCCGACAAACUUCCGGCGCUGGCAGUCCUCAUUCUCGGCACCUCGUUUGGCAUCGCUGCAACGGCAGCAUCGAUCUACAACAUUACCCAGGGCAAUACCGAGUAG